CACGUAAUUAUUUUACAACAGUGUGACAGUCUUGUAUCAGAGGAUAACUGGACUUUGAAGUUUUGCCGAUCAUCCUCUUACCCACUCUUGGCAUCUUGUGGCGUGUCCGCAUCUUCAAAUUCCUUUAAUUUUUUUUAAUCCCCAUUUAAAACUACCCCUUUUCAAAUAAUUUCUCUUUUCAGCUUUUUAGUAUUCUCAUAAUUAUUAUAUAAAUUUCGCACUUUUAUUUGUCGCAUGGGUUCUACUGUCCUGAUAAUUGUUUGCCUUACUUCGAAUUUCAUUCCUUAGGGCCAAGAAUUAGUUUUUAUCUCUGUCAAUUUUGUUCUAUUUUUUCCCCUUCUUUUUGUUCGGUUUAUUAUUGGAGCUACUACCGAAAAUGGUACCAUGGGGCGGACUCUCUUGCUGUUUGAGUGCAGCCGCUCUUUAUCUUCUCGGCAGGAGCAGUGGAAGAGAUGCUGAAGUGCUUAAAUCCGUUACAAGGGUCAAUCAAUUGAAGGAUCUUGCACAACUACUAGAUACUGCAUCCAAAGUUUUGCCUCUGGUGGUUACGGUAUCUGGAAGGGUUGGUUCAGAUACACCAAUUAACUGUGAGUUAAGUGGUCUACGAGGCGUGAUCGUGGAAGAAACUGCCGAGCAACAUUUUCUGAAACACAAUGAUGCAGGGUCUUGGAUACAGGAUUCUGCAUUGAUGCUCUCGAUGUGUAAAGAAGUUCCGUGGUACCUGAAUGAUGGCACAGGCCGUGCUUUUGUAAUUGGUGGCCGUGGUGCCUCGGGAUUGGUACUGACAAUUGGAAGCGAAGUCUUUGAGGAAGCAGGGCGAUCAUUUGUGCGAGGGACAUUGGAUUAUCUCCAAGGUCUUAAGAUGCUUGGAGUGAAGAGGAUUGAACGUGUGCUACCAGUUGGUACUUCUUUGACUGUUGUUGGCGAGGCUGUUACAGAUGACAUUGGAACAAUUCGGAUCCAGCAACCGCACAAAGGCCCGUUUUAUGUCUCUGAUAAAACUAUUGACCAGCUCAUUGCAAAUCUUGGGAAAUGGUCAAGAUGGUACAAAUAUGCUUCAAUGGGCUUUACAGUCUUCGGUGUAUAUCUACUUGUGAAGCAUGCUUUUCGUUAUGUGAUGGAACGAAAGCGUCACUGGGAAUUGCGCAGGAGGGUUCUUGCUGCUGCUGCUAAAAGGACAGGACAUGAGGAUAAAGGUUCUAAUGCUACAAUUGAGAAUGGAGUGGAUACUCACCAUUUAAUGCCAGAUUUAUGCGUCAUAUGCUUGGAGCGGGAAUACAACUCAGUUUUUGUCCCGUGUGGUCAUAUGUGUUGUUGCAUGACGUGCUCUUCACACUUGACAAACUGCCCACUUUGUAGGAGACGGAUUGACCAAGUGGUGAAAACUUUUCGUCAUUGAUGUGCUUAUUGUGGUCUGUGGUUGAGCAGAAAGCCGAUUCACUCACUCUCUUGUUGAAAUCGUCUGCUGAAAUAUCAUUUUCUCGCUCACAGAAUCAAUUUUUUUUUGUGCCGAAGUAGUUCUAAUAGCUCAUGUGAAGGUUUAGGAGCUUUUGGUUGUGUUAGCCUUUCUUGAAACUCGAAUUUAACCUGUAGAUAGUAUUGAGCUGGAUUAAUUCGUAAAUUGAGAAGUUUUAUGCCAAAUGAUGUAUAGCCUCAA